GGAAGAAAGCAGUGUGUAGAAUUGGAAUUUGGUGUAGUGAGAAAUAUCAAGAUACUCGUCAUAAGAUUCUUCUGUUGUGAAUAAUUUGUAAAAAUGACGAUUACAAGAAAGUUUGUUGGCAUUUGUUCUGCAUUAAUUUGGUGCAUCUGUUUCACCGUGAAUGGCGAAAGACACAUAAUACCUGAACCCGAUAAGGAGUUGAAGGAGUAUAUCGAACAAGCAGCUUUUGAUAUGAAUCACGACUUUAAUCGUACCCUCUUAAGAAGGACGACUAAUGCUUCUGUCUAUAAUGAAAGCUCUGUGGACCGAAUAUUUCAUGACUUUUAUAUAGAAUAUGAUGGGAAAGAAAUUUCUUUAUUCGACCUACAGAUGACUGCAGAUCUUAGUCCACAGUUGACACGAUCAGUUCCAAAUAUGAUGUACGCAUAUUUAGACACUGCCUUGGAAUGGAGUACGAUUACUGUGGAUGGUUCAUAUGCAUUCUAUGAUGAUCCGGGUUCACCAGAUGCAUUAGCUGUAACUGGAAAGCUAAGACUAAUAUGGACGAAUGCAAAAGCGGAAGGACGCAUUGCCUUUAGACCUUUGGACAAGGAGGAUUCAUUCCUAAGUACAAACUACAAUCUAAACUUUACCGCAGAUAGCUUCACAAUGCUUUUUUUGGGUGACGCCCCCAGUCAAAAAGUCAACGCCACUAUCCAUACUGCAAGCAAACGUAUCAACAGUCGACUGCAGCCGGACCUUUUCUGGAAACUCCAAGAAGACCUGCGCAGCCUUGUUGAUAAGAUUUUGAAAAGUAAGUCGAUGGCACAAAUGUUCGGCAACAAUGAGGAGGUAUCGAAAAAGUACAGGUCUUUCCUUCAAGAAAAUCAAGAUCUAGCCAAUAAGUUCACAGAUGAAUUGCUGAGCUCACUUCAGAAGAUUCUGAUAAAAACAGGUUACUGGAGGGCUUCGAUUCCAAAUAUAAACAAAAACUUUACAAAACAAAUUGCUUUUUUGACGGCAUGGGGCAACUUAUCGCUAUUUGAUGGAACCGCCCAGAAUAUAUCGUCCAUAAAGAGGACAUCGAAUUUCAGCCUUAUCACAGCUGACAAUAUCGAACUUUCCGGGUAUUUGACGUUUGAAGAUCUUUCGGCGUAUUACAAACAUUACAAAGCGAAAGUAUGGAAUUUUAGGCCAACUGGUGAAGUUGUCGCGAGAGCAUCUAAAAAUUCCCUUUACGUCAAACUGCUUGUGAAAAAGGACGAGAAAAGUGCUAUUGGACUAAAGUUGCUUGGAUACGAUUUAAAAGUUCGGGUCGACCACAUUGAUGUGCAAGCAACAGGAAUCAGCUUCCUUUUGAACUGGCUUUUGUCGUUGAUUUCGACGUCAAUUACGAACAAUUUUAAAGUCGAAAUUUCAAGGAGUAUUGAAAAGAAUCUGAGAGAUAUAAUGAAUACCAUUCUACGGUCAAAGCUGUAAAAGCCCAGAAGGGUCUUUUGUAGUGUCAUUUAUAAUUUGAAAAAGAAAUUUAAGAUUUAGUUUUAUUUAACAAUAAUAAAUAAUAAAAAA